UGAAACAUUACACACACACACACACACACACAUGUGUUUGUUGCAUUUAAAUAAUAUGAACAGUGAACAGUCAGCUAUGACACUGUAUCUUUAUUAUAAACAUAUUUAUUCAAAGAUAUAUAUUUUUGUUUAAUUAAUCUCUUAAGUCUGUAAUGUCCUGUUAUUUUCAUUUUGCCUCAAUAAAAAGGUGUUUUAUCACCUAAAACACAUGGCUAUGAUCACAUGUACACGACCAGUCAAAUGUUUGGAUUCUAUUUGUCUUUAUUUUUAGUAGUAAAUCUGGUAACUGUUGGAAACUAUUUUAGGUGAUCUAAGACAAGACCUCAUGAAGCACUGAGAGAAUGCCAAGAGUGCAAGGCAGUAAUCAACGCAAAGGGGGGCCAUUUUGAAAUAUCUAAAAUAGAAAAAAAUAUUUAGUUAUUUCACUAUUUUUUGUUUGCUACAUAAUUCUUCACACUUUUGCUUCGUAGUUUUGAUGUCGUCAGUAUGUAUCUGCAACGUAGAAAGUAAUAAAAGUAUAGAAAAGGAAUUAAAUGACAAAAGUGUGUCCAAACGUUUGACUGGUAGUAUAUAUUUAAAAGAUUAAAAAACAGCUGCUGUUUUUAUUUUACAUCACAUUCCUCAGUGUCAUUUUGAACCACUAGAUGUCAGCGUUGUACAUCAAUAGUAAUACUGCCAGAAGCGAACAAAUAUGGUUUUCGAGUACACUGCUAAUUCCAGAUGAUAAAAACCAGACUGAGUUAUUGUGCCAGUCAUCGGACGUGAGUUAUUCUGGGUAGACCUAACUGCUGGUAUAAAAAAAACGUUUACGUAAAGGUUGGAUUAAGUUCUGAAACUGUAAAAAAAAAAAAAAAACACUAAAAUCAAUCAAACUGUAAGAAACUUACAAGGAGGAUUUUGUUAGGUUAUGUAAAUCAUGUAGCUUGUCCUUUUUUUUUAAAAAAAAAGGAAAAGAGUAAAAAACAGAAAGUUCUUAGUUACAAUAUUUUACUUAUCUUUGUACUUUUUGGAAGCACAUAUUUAGUUUAAAUAAUUAACAAAUCAUUGUAACCUUUAUUCUUUGUUUUCUCAUUUCUGAAUGUUUAAAUGUUAAAUGUAAAACAAAUGUAGAUUAUUCCUAUUGUUUUUUUUACUAAGUAGGAACCUGAGUAAGUAAAUGCAUAUUCAUAGGAAAGUAUGUCACUUCCUCUGUUUGUGACCGGGAGAACAUUCAUAAUAGUAUGAAUAAAUAUGUGUUGACUUGCUUGCUCUCUAAUAGUUAGUUUUGCUGUUAGGGGACAUUAUUUAUGUGGAAAAAAUGUUUAUCAGGGUUUGUUUGCCUUUACAUAGUAUAUACAGUUCUGUAUUUCUGGUGCUAUACAAUGCCCACAAUAUGAUGUAAAUAGAUAAAAAAUAGGACAGAACAGCUGCCUGAUGAGUUGUUUGCUAGAUUUAACCAUCACCAGCAUUCAGCUGUUCUUUGUGGGCGGCCUGUGCUUGUGCUGCAGUAGUAGAGCCUUAUCUUUGCUUUGUGGGGAUGAAGUCUAUAAAUACUAUGGACUUCUACUCUCAGUGACAGUCAUAGACAGCUGCAACCAUCAGUAGACCAACCCUUUGAGGCUAUUUUAGCGAUCUGAGUAGGCCAGUGAGCACCGACAGUCCUGCUCUAUCGUGGCAGGAAGGGAGCCCACCAACACCACACCAACAAAAUGGCGGCUUUGACGAUAGACCCGGUGCUGCAACCUCGGAUGUACCAGCAGACCCUGCUCCAGGAUGGACUGUGUGAUCUUUUGGAGAAUGACAAGUUUGUGGACUGUGUCCUGAAAAUCCAGGACAAGGAGUUCCCCUGCCACCGUCUGGUUUUGGCUGCUAGCAGCCCCUUCUUCAAAGCCAUGUUCCUGUCUGAACUGGAGGAGAGUAAAAAGCGGGAGAUAGUCCUUAAAGAUGUGGACCCCAGUGUUAUGGAGAUGAUUCUGCGCUACUUAUACACAUCUGACAUUAAUCUGACAGAGCAGAAUGUCCAGGAUAUUUUCAUGGUCGCUAACAUGUACCAGAUACCCUCCAUCUUCUCUGUAUGCUUGUCUUACCUUCAAGAGAAGAUGGUGCUGGGAAACUGCCUUGCCAUCCUCAAACUGGGCCUUCUUCUGGAUUGUCCGAGGCUCACUCUUGGCGCCAGAGAAUUCAUCUGUGAACGGUACCAAGUUGUUGUGAGGGAUCAGGACUUUUUCCAGCUCAGCCCCAGUGAGUUAGCCAUCAUCAUCUCUUCAGACGCCCUAAACGUUGACCGGGAAGAGCAGGUUUUUGAAUCCCUGAUGGACUGGAUCAAACACGAUGAGACAACGCGGUUAAAGGAGCUCCCUGAGCUGUUACACUGUGUCCGAUUCAGGCUCAUCCCCAAAGAUUACUUCAAAGAAAAAGUUGAGUGUCACCAGUACAUCCGAUUCAACCAAGAGAUCAAGAAAGAGCUGGAUCUAGUCAUAGAUGCUUACAGAGGCCGUCUCCCCAAGGCGAAGAGGAUUGCCAGUGAUGAGGCAAAGGGAGGAGAGGAGAGUGACGAGGAAGACGUUGAGGAGGGAUACCUGCCAGGAAUACUGAACAACAACCCUCGCUUUGGAAUGUUUGAGAUGGACCUUAUACUUAUGAUCAACAACACAGGGACUGUGGCCUAUGACCCGGUGGGCAAUGAGUGUUUUGUGGUGUCAGAAUCUACAGAGAUUCCCAAGAACCACUCUAGCCUGGUGACAAAGCAGAACCAGAUAUUUGUGGUUGGAGGACUUCUCUAUAAUGAGGAGGACAAAGACGAACCAUUCAUGUCUUACUUCCUACAGUUUGAUCCAGUAAGUUCGGAAUGGUUGGGAAUGCCUUCACAGCCCAAUCCUCGGUGUCUGUUUGGCCUUGCUGAAGUUGAAAACUCUAUCUAUGUUGUUGGUGGAAAACAACUAAAGGAGGGAGAACAUGCUCUGAGUUCAGUCAUGAUCUAUGACAGACAGUCAUUCAAAUGGGGAGAGUCAGACCCGCUGCCUUAUGAAGUGUAUGGUCAUGGGACUGUAGCACACAAGGGUCUUGUCUAUGUUAUUGGAGGAAAGUCUGAAAGCAAGAAAUGCAUGAGAAGAGUGUGUGUCUACAACCCCACUAAGUUUGAGUGGAAGGACUUGGCUCCUCUGACGACAGCCAGGUCUCUCUUCGGCAUCGCCGUCCAUAAGAACCAGAUCUACGUGGCCGCAGGAGUGACUGACUCAGGCCUGACCAGCUCUGUGGAAGUCUAUGACAUUAACGCCAACAAGUGGUCUGAGUUUACAGAGUUCCCUCAGGAGCGCAGUUCUCUUAAUCUCAUCUCAACGGGAGGUCACCUGUAUGCUAUUGGAGGUUAUGCCAUGAUGCCUAGUGACUCCAGUGAAGACCCAGUACCAACUGAGAUGACUGAUAUCUGGAGGUACGAUAAAUCAGAGAAGUGCUGGAGUGGGAUUUUGCGAGAGCUUUACUAUGCAGAGGGAUCCUCCAUUCUCCCAGUGCGUCUCAACACUCUCCGCCUCACCAAGUUAUGAUCAAACUGAACUGCUGCUCCCAUGGGUUUCAUGCGGUAUGCUGGAGCAAAUAUAAUUCCUCUAUAUAAACACUGGCCCAAAUUAGCUUGGGGCACAGAAUGAUUCAGAGCAAUGUUUAAAGACGAAAACUAACAAUAAGUUAUGAGAUCAGAGUUAAAUUGUUUUAAUCACAUGCUUUACAGCAGGGGAGACAGACUCAUGCCAACUGAUCAAAGCUAAAGGAGGAAGACAAAUAUCUCACCAAAUUAAUAAGAUGAAUAUGUGAACUCUUAAUCUUCCCUUUUGGUGUAUUGUUUCAUUAAGUUUGUUUACUACAUAUAAUGCUUCAUUCAAAUAAAAAUAAGGUUGUGAAAUA